AUGAGUAAAAACAAAAAGGGAAAGAAGAAGGAUGACUUGGAUGCAAUUCUUGCGGAAUUUGGAAUUGACGAGAAAAGAGAAGAUGAAGGAAAUAACCAGAAGGAGAAAGAUGGAGUAACAGCUGGGGUAGCAGCGGGAGAGGGCGAAGAUGCGAAGAUGUCUAAAUCCAAGAAAAAGAAAGAAAAGUUAAAGCAAAAAAAGGAACAAAUGAAAAACAAUAAAGAUGAAGGAAUCCAAGAAGAAGGGGAAACAAAAAAGGAAUCGGCUGGAAUGACGACGAACGAAUCGAGUAAUAAACCCAAGGUGGAAGAUGCUUCUACAGGGAAAGUGACGAAUAAUGCAAAAGAUUCCAAUAACAUUAAUGCCAAUAGUGGUGAUAUCAAUGACGAUGAUAUCAAUGACGAGGGUAUGAAUGAUGAGGGCAUCAAUGACGAUGCUGCGAAAAAGAAUAAAAAGAAGAAAAAAAAAAAGGACAAGGAAAAAGAGAAAAAAAGUACCACAGGGAUGUCUGAAAUGGCAAAAGCAGCAGCAGAAAGGUUGAGGUUACUAAAAGAAUAUGAAGAAAAAAAAAGAGAAGAAGAAAAAAGAAAGCAAGAAGAGGAAGAAGAAAGAAUUAGAAAGGAGGAAGAAGAAAAAGAAAAGAAAAGAUUAGCCAAAUUAGAAAAAAAAAUGCAAUUGAAAAAGGAAGGGAAAUUACUAAGUGCAAAAGCAAAGGAAGAAAAAAAAAAAAAAGAACUAUUUUUAAAAACGUUAAAAGAAUCGGGAGUAUUGGUAGAACCAAAGGAAAAAGUUAAAGCAGAAAUAAUCAACAUAGAUCUUAAUAAAACAAAACUAUUUUUAAAGAAAAAAAAAAAUAAAAUUAAUUCAAAUGCGAAUAAUAAUAUGGAGGAUAAGAAAAAACACAUGCAAGGCUCCUCACGUCAUGGUAAACAAGAUGGAAAUAAUAACCUCCCAGACGAUGAAGCAGAAAAAAAAAAAAUAGACCCUAAAGAAAUUGUACUAGACGAUUGGGAGGAUUUCCUAAACGUAGAUGAAGAAAAUAAAAAAGACAAAAAAAAAUCAAAUGAAAUUGAAGAUAAAGAACAAGCAGAGAGAGAAAGGAACAAAUCCAAAGAUUCAAAAAAAGCAGAUGAAAAAAAAAAUGCAAAAAGUGAUUCUGUUAAUAGUAAGAAAGGGAAGAAAAAGACAGGGGCUGAUAAAAACAACAAUAACGACAAAAAUAACACACAAGAUGAUGAUGGUGAUGAUGAUGAUAACCAAUACAGAUCAGCAAUUGUAUGCAUUCUAGGACAUGUGGAUACUGGAAAAACAAAACUUUUGGAUAAACUUAGACACACAAAUGUUCAGGAUAAUGAAGCAGGUGGAAUUACUCAACAAAUUGGUGCAACCUUUUUUCCAAAAGAAGUACUAGAUAAAGAAAUAAAAAAAGUAGAUGAAAAUAUCAAAUGUAUGUCUAAAGGAAUUAUGAUUAUUGAUACCCCAGGACAUGAAUCAUUUUACAAUUUAAGAAAAAGAGGUUCAUCCUUAUGUGAUAUAGCUAUAUUAGUAAUCGACUUAAUGCAUGGAUUAGAACAACAAACGAAAGAAUCAAUACAGAUAUUAAAACAAAGAAACUGCCCGUUCGUCAUUGCAUUAAAUAAAAUUGACAGAUUAUAUAUGUGGAAUAAGAAUGAUUGGUCUCCAUUUAAUUAUACUUUUAAAAAACAAAAAGAAAAUACACAAGAUGAAUUUCAUGAUAGAUUAAAAAAUAUUUUAAAUGAACUAUCAGAACAAGGAUUAAACUGUCAGCUUUAUUGGGAAAAUACAAACCCACGAAAAUACGUUUCUAUUGUUCCUACUAGUGCAAUAACAGGAGAAGGAAUAGCUGAUUUGAUUAUGAUUUUGGUAAAAUUAACUCAAAAUUUUAUGCUUAAAAAUAUUGAAUAUCAUGACAAAUUAGAAUGUACCGUUUUAGAAGUAAAAAACAUUGAAGGGUUAGGAACAACCAUUGAUGUAAUACUUACUAAUGGGGUUCUUAAAGAAUCAGAUACUAUUGUACUUUGUGGUAUUAAUGGCCCAAUAGUCACUGUAAUUAGAGCCUUGUUAACACCACAACCUUUAAAAGAAUUAAGAAUUAAAAAUGAAUAUGUCCAUCACAAAUCUAUAAAAGCUUGUAUUGGAGUGAAAAUUUCUGCAAACGGAUUGGAAGAAGUUCUUUGUGGUACUGCUUUAUUCGUUGCUAAUAAUACUAACGAAAUUGAAGAAUAUAAGAAAAAAGCCAUGACAGAUGUCUCAGAUGUGUUUAAUCAUGUGGAUAAAACUGGUGUUGGUUUAUAUGUUAUGGCUAGCACAUUGGGUUCUUUAGAAGCGCUACUCAUUUUUUUAAAAGAUUCUAAAAUACCCGUUUUUGCAGUUAAUAUUGGUACCGUUCAAAAAAAAGAUGUAAAAAAAGCUAGCGUCAUGAGAGAAAAAGGGAAACCUGAAUAUUCUGUCAUCCUUGCAUUCGAUGUUAAAAUAGAUCCAGAAGCAGAAAAAGAAGCGCAGGUUCUAGGAGUAGAAAUUAUGCAAAAGGAUAUAAUUUAUCAUCUAUUUGAUGCAUUUACAAGUUAUAUUAAAAAAAUAGAAGAAGAAAAGAAGCAGAGUAAAUUGACCGAUGCUAUAUUCCCAUGCGAAUUGUCCAUUGUUAACGAUUGUGUAUUUAAUAAAAAGGAUCCCAUAGUUAUUGGAGUUAAGGUAGAUUGUGGUAUUUUAAAAAUUGGAACCCCCUUAUACAUACCAGAAAAAAGCCUAAAAAUAGGAAACGUAGUAAGUAUACUCUUAAAUAAAAAAAGCUGUGAUAAAGCCAAAAAGGGCGAAGAAGUUUCUAUCAAAAUAUGUGGGGAACCUCACAUUACAUUUGGAAGGCAUUUUGAUUUCAAUCAAAAAAUUUAUAGUAAAAUUACCAGAGAGAGCAUUGAUGUUUUGAAGGAAUAUUUUAGGAGUGAAUUGACAAUGGAGGAUUGGAGACUAGUCGUACAGCUCAAGAAAAUUUUCAACAUUAUCUAG